GGGCCGGGGGUGGGGCGGAAGCUAUAAGGGGCGGCGGCCCGGCGCGGCCCAGCAAGCCCAGCAGCCCCGGGGCGGAUGGCUCCGGCCGCCUGGCUCCGCAGCGCGGCCGCGCGCGCCCUCCUGCCCCCGAUGCUGCUGCUGCUGCUCCAGCCGCCGCCGCUGCUGGCCCGGGCUCUGCCGCCGGAUGCCCACCACCUCCAUGCCGAGAGGAGGGGGCCACAGCCCUGGCAUGCAGCCCUGCCCAGUAGCCCGGCACCUGCCCCUGCCACGCAGGAGGCCCCCCGGCCUGCCAGCAGCCUCAGGCCUCCCCGCUGUGGCGUGCCCGACCCACCUGAUGGGCUGAGUGCCCGCAACCGACAGAAGAGGUUCGUGCUUUCUGGCGGGCGCUGGGAGAAGACGGACCUCACCUACAGGAUCCUUCGGUUCCCAUGGCAGUUGGUGCAGGAGCAGGUGCGGCAGACGAUGGCAGAGGCCCUAAAGGUAUGGAGCGAUGUGACGCCACUCACCUUCACUGAGGUGCACGAGGGCCGUGCUGACAUUGUGAUCGACUUCGCCAGGUACUGGCAUGGGGACGACCUGCCGUUUGAUGGGCCUGGGGGCAUCCUGGCCCAUGCCUUCUUCCCUAAGACUCACCGAGAAGGGGAUGUCCACUUCGACUAUGAUGAGACCUGGACUAUCGGGGAUGACCAGGGCACAGACCUGCUGCAGGUGGCAGCCCAUGAAUUUGGCCACGUGCUGGGGCUGCAGCACACAACAGCAGCCAAGGCCCUGAUGUCUGCCUUCUACACCUUUCGCUACCCACUGAGUCUCAGCCCAGAUGACCGCAGGGGCGUUCAACACCUAUAUGGCCAGCCCUGGCCCACUGUCACCUCCAGGACCCCAGCCCUGGGCCCCCAGGCUGGGAUAGACACCAAUGAGAUUGCACCGCUGGAGCCAGACGCCCCGCCAGAUGCCUGUGAGGCCUCCUUUGACGCGGUCUCCACCAUCCGAGGCGAGCUCUUUUUCUUCAAAGCGGGCUUUGUGUGGCGCCUGCGUGGGGGCCAGCUGCAGCCUGGCUACCCAGCAUUGGCCUCUCGCCACUGGCAGGGACUGCCCAGCCCUGUGGACGCUGCCUUCGAGGAUGCCCAGGGCCACAUUUGGUUCUUCCAAGGUGCUCAGUACUGGGUGUACGACGGUGAAAAGCCAGUCCUGGGCCCCGCACCCCUCACCGAGCUGGGCCUGGUGAGGUUCCCGGUCCAUGCUGCCUUGGUCUGGGGUCCCGAGAAGAACAAGAUCUACUUCUUCCGAGGCAGGGACUACUGGCGUUUCCACCCCAGCACCCGGCGUGUAGACAGUCCCGUGCCCCGCAGGGCCACUGACUGGAGAGGGGUGCCCUCUGAGAUCGACGCUGCCUUCCAGGAUGCUGAUGGCUAUGCCUACUUCCUGCGCGGCCGCCUCUACUGGAAGUUUGACCCUGUGAAGGUGAAGGCUUUGGAAGGCUUCCCCCGUCUCGUGGGUCCCGACUUCUUUGGCUGUGCCGAGCCUGCCAACACUUUCCUCUGACCAUGGCUUGGAUGCCCUCAGGGGUGCUGACCCCUGCCAGGCCACGAAUAUCAGGCUAGAGACCCAUGGCCAUCUUUGUGGCUGUGGGCACCAGGCAUGGGACUGAGCCCAUGUCUCCUCAGGGGGAUGGGGUGGGGUACAACCACCAUGACAACUGCAGGGAGGGCCACGCAGGUCGUGGUCACCUGCCAGCGACUGUCUCAGACUGGGCAGGGAGGCUUUGGCAUGACUUAAGAGGAAGGGCAGUCUUGGGCCCGCUAUGCAGGUCCUGGCAAACCUGGCUGCCCUGUCUCCAUCCCUGUCCCUCAGGGUAGCACCAUGGCAGGACUGGGGGAACUGGAGUGUCCUUGCUGUAUCCCUGUUGUGAGGUUCCUUCCAGGGGCUGGCACUGAAGCAAGGGUGCUGGGGCCCCAUGGCCUUCAGCCCUGGCUGAGCAACUGGGCUGUAGGGCAGGGCCACUUCCUGAGGUCAGGUCUUGGUAGGUGCCUGCAUCUGUCUGCCUUCUGGCUGACAAUCCUGGAAAUCUGUUCUCCAGAAUCCAGGCCAAAAAGUUCACAGUCAAAUGGGGAGGGGUAUUCUUCAUGCAGGAGACCCCAGGCCCUGGAGGCUGCAACAUACCUCAAUCCUGUCCCAGGCCGGAUCCUCCUGAAGCCCUUUUCGCAGCACUGCUAUCCUCCAAAGCCAUUGUAAAUGUGUGUACAGUGUGUAUAAACCUUCUUCUUUUUUUUUUUUUUAAACUGAGGAUUGUCAUUAAACACAGUUGUUUUCUA